GUUCCUCACUAUGAGGACAAGGUUGUUCAAUCUGAAGACAAGGUUCCUCACACUGAGAACAGGGUUCCUCACUUUGAGGACAAGGUUCUUCACUCUGAGGACAAGGUUCCUCACUCUGAGGACAAGGUUCCUCAAUCUGAAGAUAAGGUCUCUGAGAACAAGGUUCUUCACUCUGAGGACCAGGUACUUCACUCCAAGGACAAGGUUCUUCACUCUGAGGACAAGGUUCCUCACACUGAGGACAAGGUUUCUCACUUUGAGGACAAGGUUCCUCACACUGUGGACGAGGUUCCUCGCUUUGAUGACAAUUUUCGUCACGCUGAGGACAAGGUUCUUCAGUCUGAGGACAAGGUUCCUCACACUGAGGACAAGGUUCUUCACUCUGAGGACAAGGUUCUUCAUUCCGAGGACAAGCUUCCUGACUCUGAGGACAAGGUUCCUCACUCUGAGGACAACCUUCCUCGUUCUGAGGACAAGGUUCUUCAAUCUGAGGACAAGGUUCCCCACAUGAGGACAAGGUUCCUCACUUUGAAGACAAGGUUAUUUAAACUGUGAGGACAAGUUUCUUCACUCUGAGGACACGUUUCUUCACUCUGACGACAAGGUUCUUAACUCCGAGGACAAUGUUCUUCACUCUGAGUACAAGGUUCCUCGCUUGGAGGACAAGGUUCUUCACUCUGAGGACCAGGUUCCUCACUUUGAGGACAAGGAUACUCGCACUGAAGACAAAGUUGCUGACACUGAGAAAAAGGUUCCUCAGUCUGAUGACAUGGUUCUUCACUCUGAGGACAAGGUUCUUCACUCUGCGGAAAAAGGUUCCUCACUCUGA